CGCUCGCUGGCUGGCUGGUUUCGGGGUUGGCGGCGUUCUUUCGGGUCCGUACCUCUCCGCGCUCGAUCGCCCGCGUCUGUUUCCAGGCGAAUCCCCGGCUUCGUUCGCGGCCUGUUUCUCGCUCCCCGUCUCUCCGCGACAUGGCGCGGCCGUCCGUGCCCAGCUCCCAGAAAGCGCUGCUGCUCGAACUGAAGGGGCUUCAGGAGGAGCCGGUGGAAGGCUUCCGAGUCAGCCUGGUGGACGAGGGGGACCUCUACAACUGGGAGGUGGCCAUCUUCGGGCCGCCCAACACUCACUACGAGGGUGGCUACUUCAAAGCUCGUCUCAGGUUUCCCAUUGACUAUCCUUAUUCACCACCUGCCUUCAGAUUCCUGACAAAAAUGUGGCAUCCUAACAUAUAUGAGACUGGAGAUGUUUGCAUCUCCAUCCUUCACCCACCGGUGGAUGACCCACAAAGUGGGGAGCUACCUUCGGAAAGGUGGAAUCCUACCCAAAAUGUAAGGACAAUUCUCCUUAGUGUGAUCUCACUGCUCAAUGAACCAAACACGUUCUCUCCAGCCAAUGUUGAUGCUUCUGUGAUGUACAGGAAAUGGAAGGAGAGCAAAGGGAAGGAUCAAGAAUACACAGAUAUCAUCAGGAAGCAAGUCCUGGGAACCAAGGUGGAUGCUGAACGAGAUGGAGUCAAGGUUCCCAUGACACUGGCAGAAUAUUGCGUGAAAACAAAGACUCCUGCGCCAGAUGAAGGCUCCGACCUCUUUUAUGACGACUAUUACGAGGAUGAUGAGAUGGAUGAUGAAGUUGACAGUUGCUAUGGCGAUGAGGAUGACUCGGGCAACGAGGAGUCUUGAUGAGGGAUCCCUCCUGCGGCCCCUCCCCGUACAGCUGCCUCCUGCUGCUGCUUCUGAGAGUAGCAAUAAACUUUCUUGACUUUUUUUUUGUACUUGAACCCAGGAGGCAAUAACCGGCUGAGACUUGGAACCUUGUUUAGCCCUGAGACAAAACUCUCUACCUCAAAAAAGGGAGACUUGGCUUCCACUUGAACAGGGGGGGGAGGGGGGGUGCUUGGCAACUUGGCUUAAGGUGCCCUUGGGGUUCUGCAGUUUUGUUUCCUCCAGUUGGGAGAGUGGAAAGAGGAGGGUAGCAGUUCCUACAAACCUAUCCCUGGUUGCUGCUUGAAAUCAAGCCGAUAUUUCUACUGGCAUUAAGGAAAUUUCAAAGGUUGUUGCCACCCCACGAGGAUAGUCGAUGGCACAGUGUCUUCAUGUGCGUGCUAUUUUUUUAAAUGUCCGAUUGCUUUGGGAGAAUUCUCAGCAAGGGCUGUUUAGGAAAGCAGGGUGAGGAGAAUAGGUGGUUGAGCACAUUGGCUGUAGUUUUAACUAGCCUGUUCUGUGAGUUUUUUUUUCUUUUUUCAAGGCAUUUAUAAGAUAAUUCUAGCAUUGAAGCCCUACUGAAAUUGCAGUGCCACUUUCAGCCACUGGAGUGCACUUGUGUCUUGCUGCCAAGUUCUGGAUGGUCUAAAUUCCUUUCUUGCUUGGGGGGCGGGAUUCAGCCCCCAACUUUUGUUUUGGUGGGGCUUGUUUGCAACUGGGAUAUGGGAAGCAGCCAGAGGGGCUGUUGGAAAGAGGUGGGAGUUCAUGGGCAGACAAUGAUAGGGGGAGGGAAAGCUUUGUUAUCAACACAGGGUGGGAGUUCUUGCUUUUUGGUCUUAGUUUUUUUUCUUCUUGAUUUUGAAACUAUUUAAUAAAAGGACUUUGA